AACAAGCUGUGGUAGUGGACUGUGGUGUCCUGUGGUAGUCUCUGUCCAGGAGAAGUUUCCUUUAAUAAUAGACUACAGUAUUUUGCUGACAUGGAUGGGAAGCGAAAAGCUGAUUAUAUGGCCGUGGUCAUUCAGGCCAAAAAGCCAAGACAUGAAAUGGUUUUACAUUCUGGAGAAAAAGGCCUCGUUCAAAGUGGUCCCCCAAGAACAAGUAGUCUCAUGUCUCCCAUCAUGCAGCUCUCAGGCCACCAGGGAGACAUCUUAUGUGGCAAGUUCCACCCUGAAGGAGAGGUUGUUGCUACUGCUGGCAUGGACAGGCAGAUCCUCUUCUGGAAUAUUUAUGGAGAUUGUGACAACUUUGGAAUGCUGACGGGUCAUACAAAUGCCAUCACAGACAUGCAUUUUUCUACGGAUGGGACAGUGUUGUACACAGCAUCUGCAGAUAAGACAGUCAUGUGUUGGGACACCACCAGUGGCACACGUGUUAAAAAGCUUAAAGGGCACAGUAGUUUUGUAAAUUGCGUCCAUAGUGCACGUCGUGGACCAAGUCUUGUGGUGAGUGGUGGAGAUGACUGUACCAUUUUAAUCUGGGACGUCCGCAAAAAAAGACCGGCUACCACACUACAAAACACAUUCCAGGUAACAGCUGUGACCUUUAACGACACAUCAGAACAAGUUAUCUCCGGUGGUGUUGACAAUGAUAUGAAGGUCUGGGACUUGAGAAAGAAUGGUUUACUUUACCGGAUGCGUGGCCAUAACGAUACAGUGACUGGGCUCAGCCUCUCUCCAGAUGGCUCUUAUGUGCUCUCAAAUGCUAUGGACAACACUGUCAGAAUAUGGGAUGUGCGGCCAUUUGCUCCACAAGAACGCUGUGUAAAGAUUUUCCAAGGACACCAGCACAACUUUGAAAAUAUAUUAUUACGUUGUUCUUGGUCUCCUGAUGGGCGUCGUAUAUCGGCUGGAUCAUCUGACCGUCAUGCUUACAUUUGGGACACUACUACAAGACAUAUCCUUUACAAGCUACCAGGACAUAAUGGUUCUGUAAAUACUGUUGAGUUUCAUCCAAAAGAACCAAUAAUUAUGUCUGUAUCAAAUGAUAAACAAAUCUUCCUGGGAGAAAUUGAAUAAGCACCGUCUUAUGAUAGCUGAGAAAGUGUCAAGACUGCCGCUCACCAAAUAAUAAUAAGAGAAGAAAUUAAUUGAAGGAAUGCAUGUCAUAUCCAUCUAUCAAAGUUUGGAGGCUGGAGAUAGCAUGUUAAUUUGUGAGGAGUGUAUAGAGAGAAUUCAAGUUUUUCCAUAAGAAAAUUAUGUAUAUACAUUAUAUGGACUUUCAGCUUGGUGUCUGAGUUUUCAUAACUGUAAACAGUAUAGUUACUGUAUCUACAAAAUUUUUUGUUUUGACGGACGAUGAAAUUUUUGAAUGAAAUCUGUGUAUGAUAUAUUGUAGUACAGUACUACCUGUAUACUGUAAUAUUAAAAUUGUUUGAAUAUGUAUUGUGUUUGCACUUUUUGUUUCAUAUUGCAAGUUACUUGAAAAGUUGAACAAGUAUUGACAUUGAGAGAAAUAAGGAAUAAAUUUUUAACCAUAAAACUUUCACCACAUUAUAAUUUAAGAAUGUCACUUGUCAUGAUGACAAUGAAUACAUGUUUAAGCUCCAGUAUUAUAUUGUGCUGUAUACAAGUCACUUUAGAUAAAAUAUGAGAGAAGAUGCCAUGGGUCCCUGAAUACUUUACAUCAAUCAAGUAACUUGGGAGGUCUCCAUGAUAUUAAUGAAGUCAGUAAAUGAAAGUGUGCAUAUUUUUCAAUCAAUCAUUAGCUCUUGAUUACACAAAUUUAAAUGUCAUAUUGCAAUUGAAAUGAAAGUUCAUUCAUAUUUUUUGUGCUAAAAUUCAUUAUGUAUGAUAGAGGAAUUUGUUCAUUAGUUUAUUAAAUUUUAUAAAAUACUACUAUCUUAA